AUGAACGUGGAGCCUUCGGUCGGUGAAGACCCUAGUAUUACUAUACUCCAGGGAAUACAGCAGCUCAACAACGUCGAGAAGCUCGAUAUUGUGGGAGUGACCUCCGUGAAGACAAGGCAAUCCAUGCCAGACUCGAGGCGGCUUAAACCCCCUGGGGCAGGACACGUCCCGGACACGUCUUGUAUUCCUCAAGGGGGUCCGUAGACAAAUUGUUAAAAAUUGCUAUAAUGCUCUUUCAUUCCAUGGACGGUAAUUAUUAGCAGUUUCUUCGCGCAUUGUCUGCCCACCCCUGAGAAAUCAGCAAACCGCCUAGAAGUGUCCCGAAACUCGAUGAAAGUCGGCGCCAAUUAAAUCAACGUCGCCCUUCAGAUCCUUCACUGGUGGCCAUUGGCCCCAUUGGAUCUCUGGUCGCCCUUCUGGCGAUUACAGGAG